AUGAUGACCAUCACCGCCUACCCAUUCCGCUUCUUCCCCUCUUGCGUCUUCCUUCUGGGCACCCUGUUUAUCAUGUCCGUGGAGUACUGGCGAAUCUUCCCUGGGCUCUACCUCCUACCGACCUAUGGCGACCUGUGGUACUUCUUCUGCUUCAACCUCCUGCGGCAGUUCUACUCCUUCCAGGAGGAGAAGCUGUUUCGCACGCAGCACGCAGCGGGAUGUGCCGUGGAGAAAGUCAUGACUCGUGUCCACAGCAUCCUCGACACCAUGAUGCCAAAACAGGUCGUGAAGGAGAUCGCGGAGAAUCCUGACGUCCCCCUGCCAUCGCACAAGUACCGCAUGGCCACGAUUGGGGUCCUGUAG